AUGAAGCUCACUUCCAUCGUUGCUAUCGCCGUUACCUUCAUGGUCUCUGGCCUUGCCAUUGCCUCCCCUGACCCCAUUGCGGACCCCGAAUCGGAAGCUAGUGCUAGAGGCCGUGGAUUCGGCGGGCUCGGCCGUGGUGGAAAGCCUGGCACCAAAGGGGCCGGCGUGGAUGCCCACCGUAAAGGGUUAUUCGACAAGAAGUGCAUCCCAAAAGACUGCAAUGCGAUGUGCAUCAGGGACGGAUACCAGGGCGGCGUCUGCCUGAAGAACGCCGGUAUUGAGGGUCAGAAGGAAGAGAUGUUAACAGAGAGCUACUUUAGGUACUGUGGCUGCCGUGGCCCUAGACCCGGACAUGGUGGAAAGGCGAAAGUUGGAAAGGGACGAGGUGGAAAGGGACGUGGAAGGGGACGUGAAGAGCCAGAGUAG